AUCAGCCGACUGUGGUAUGUAAACAAGGUCAGUCACUGCAGCAGCGCACAGUCUGAAGACUUUGUGGACCACGAAGCUGUUCCUCUGAAAGAUAAGAAGAGGACCAAACUACAUAAUUGAACAUCUGAGGAGGUAGAGCUGUAACUCAGAUCUGCCAAGAUGAUGCAGUGUUUUCACUUCAUGGUGGAGCCGGCCAAAAACCUAACGGCCAAGAUAAAGGAAUCGCACAAAAAGGCAAAAAACGAGAAGAGGGAGCCGCUGGAUGAGGACCAGCUUUUUGUUGUGGAUCUGGCCAGAGAUCUCAGCCGAGUCUGUCAGAAGUCAGCGGUCCUGGACAACAUCUGGAACCAGGAUGACACUUGGCCGACCCCCCUCUGCAGGGCUGUCAUCCUACAGUGGGCCUCCAUCCUGGAGAAUAAGAAGAGGCCCAUGCAGACUGAUGGCUGGCCAGAGAUGGAUGAGAGCAAACAGCCUGAUGUGUAUAAUGAGGAUGACGUGCAACAUGGAAAGGCAGUGAUCCUGAACUGGAUAAAGGACCUGAGGGCUCAGCCAGAGCAAAGUGUGUGGCCUGGGGAGCCUGUAGCGAAGGCUCUGGAGGACCUGCAGUCGGCCUGGCGUUGGGGCCGAGUGCCCAACCUGGUGUCUGCUUUGGAGCUGGUCAUGUGGACUUUAGUCUUACAGAGCCCAGAUAAGGAUACCUUACCACAGGAGUGGCUCAUGUGGAAGCAGAGGACUCAGAAGAUUGGUUCCAUUCCCUACAUUCCUCAGCCAGUUUGGGAUUGGAUCUCAGAUGCCGCAGUGGAGGUGUCUCUGGAUUUGAACACAGCCAACCCUGACCUCCUCAUUACUGAUGACAAGAGGAUGCGUUGUGGCUUCGAGAGGAAAGACAUACCCAACUAUCACCAGCGCUUUGAUGGAUGGUGGUGUGCCGUCGGGGUUGAGGGCUUCACUUCUGGCCGCUACUACUGGGAGGUUGAGGUCGGUGAGCGAGACUGGCGACUUGGUGUGGCCAAAGAAUCUGCCCUGAGGAAAGGCUUCAAGUCCCUGAACACAAACACAGGCUACCUGACCCUGCGUCUGGAGAGGGGCACUGAGUUGAAAGCUCUGACAGUUCCCUUCACUGCCUUGCCACCUGGCCUCAUCUCCCGUAAAGUGGGCAUCUACCUUGACUACGACCAGGGCCAGCUGUCCUUCUAUGACGCAGAGAAACACUUUCAUAUUUACACCUAUAAUGAGCACUUUACUGAUAAGCUGUUCCCCUUGUUUGGUACAGUGGAGAUCAUCAAGGAUCUGGUGAUUCGCUCCCCAGCUGCUAAGACCGAAUGCCUCUGCCCCACAUCCUGCCUCUGGGGUUGAGUUUUAUUCUGCAUUAAAAAUUUUCUUCAUUAAAAAUGCGUAUUCUAGUAGACAUAAUAAUAGUAUUACAAACCAGGUUAUUAAAAAAAAAAAUCACUGGAAGCAACCAGACAUCCUGCUCUAAAAGACUAUCAUUAUGCUAUGAAAUAACUCCACUGUGUGACCACUCUGUAUGCUGCUGCUCUAAUGUGAUUGUUGUUACCACUGUCUCACUAACGAGUUACUCGGCUCCCCUUUGCUUCAUACAUAAUGUCUUUUCAUAUAUUUGAGUGAAACCUGUAGUAUUAAUACAAUGCAUUGUGCAAUAUGAAUUAUUCAAUAAGAAUGUAUUUUCAGUGAGUAAGAAAUAAACUGAAUCCAUGACUUA